UUAACAGACAGUGCGAGUGUGUCGCGUCGGAACCUUAGCAGUGCAGUAUCAGAAACCCAGUGUUAAAGGAUUCGUCUAAGGUGCAAGUUGCAAGUGUGAUCACACAGAUUAAGCAUUCUAAACUCGGUGAACCAAGUGUGAUAAGGACAUUUUGAAUUUAAACAAUAACGGACCGAAGGCAAAGCAGAUCGAUUGUGACGAUGGAGUACAAAAGCAGCAAGACGGUGAAAUCUCUUCGGCUGAUGUUGGUGAUAGUUUGUCUGGUCAGCCUUAUCCCACACAUUGCGGCAAGACCGUCGAGUGUGCGCCAUAGCAAACAAUUGCGUUUCGUAGAUCAUCUCCUGCGUAGCAGGACAGCCGGGACCGAAAGGACCCACCACCACAAUUCAAACCAUCAGCAUCAACGUAGAUCAGCAGACUAUGUCGAUUUGUACGACGAAGAUUACAAGCGUAUGCAACAAUGUUUCGAAGAUGAGGACUUAAACGAGCUGUGCCAGCGCUGUUCGAAAGUGUCAAAGCUAUCGAUUGUAUUCCCCAUGUGCUGCAACAAUGAGGAUCACACGAUGACAUGGUGCAGAGACUACGUCUACUAUGGAAUACAAACGUAACCAGCUAGACAGGCCCACAAGCCAGGCCCAACUUCGAAUAGAUUUUCUCGUUCCAAGUUAACUAUAAUGACGUUUAGCAUAUAAUUUAUCGUUUAAAACUUACCUCCACGAUAGUAUUUAUUGUUUGAUAGUACACAUCACUCAUCGCCAUCGGUUAUUUAUUCAAAGAAAUCAAGCGAACGUAACUAUCGCCUCAUCGUCGCCUAUCUCAUCAAAACAAGCUCGCACAGACGCAUAUUACCAUUUGAUGUAAUUAUACAUACUGUUAUGUUCAAUGUAGUGUUGAGCACAAGUGAAGAAGAACACGAAAACAAAAAUAUGAUACUUACCUAAUGGAAGGUACUUAGCCUUGAACAAAGUAUUUCACGAAUGAUGUUCACGAAUGUAAUGCUUGCGAUCAGCAGCGGUUUAGUUAAGUUAAUUAAGGGAAAAAAUAAACCUGCUUCAAAUG